UUAUUAUUGAAUUGACGCUUUGGCAAUAUUGUUCUCCUGACAGUCAUGCCAAUAAAGCAUAUUGAAUUGACUAGAGAGAGAUGUAGUGUUUGGAGUCCCUGCUCCAUUGCUCCACCCCUGGUGUUCCUGUUCUCCAGGUCUUUGUCCCCGGAACUUGCACUCACUCCUGGGUGUCCACUAGGGUUUUUUCUGCUCGCAUCUGGAUCCCAGUCCGACUAGCAUACAGUCCAGUGUCCUGUCCUACAGAAAAACCACGGCCUCCUCAAGUUUGGAAAGAAAAGAAAAGGAAGAAAAGCAAGCAGAAAGCUCUUCCCAGCAGAGCUUCUCCUCUCCUCCUCCUGGUUUAUCCUCUCUGGUCGCAGCUGAGCAGCCGCACUGUGAUUCUCACAUUCUUCUCUGCAGUUAAAACAAACUUUUUUUACGUGUUUUAAAACUUCUUUUGUCGCUUUUUCGUGUUUUUUCGAUUGAGUCUGGAACUCGACAUUCACCACACAUCUCCGUGCUUUUAGACGGACGACUUUUGACCACAUUUUCGGUGUUUUUCGGUGUUUUUCGGUGUUUUUUCUUCCUCCCUCAGAGAGUUGUGUCGGAGGUGCUGUCUCCAUGAGGACACUCAGCCUGGGAGUCGCUCAAACUUUGUCCUAGCUUUACACACACCUGAGCGACAUAUACUUUUAGUUCUUUAGGUGUUUUUUCCUCGUGCCAGCAGCAUGAAGGGGCUGUUGUGUGUGCUGUGUGCGCUCUGCUCGCUGGUCGUGUUGUGUGAGUCUGUGACUGCAGAGCAACAGUUGAAGAACUGCAACGACGUCCGAGCUGCUUACAGCUCCAAAGGCUUCAACGUCAACGACGUGCCCAACAAAGGAGUCAACGGAGCCCCGUUGAAAGUGUGUCCGCAGGGUUUCUCCUGCUGCACGGUGGAGAUGGAGGAGAAGCUGAGCCAGCAGAGCCACACGGAGAUCAAAGCUCCCGUCUCCAGGCUUAGCACCAACUUACAAUCCACCUUCAGACAGAGGCACGACCACUUUGACAAGUUUUUCCGUGAGCUUUUGAAAAACGCAGAAGUCUCACUGCACAACAUGUUUGUGCGGACGUACGGCAUGAUGUACGUGCAGAACGCGGAGCUGUUCAAGAAAUUCUUCGAGUCCCUGACUCGGUACUACAAUUCCGGCAGCGCCGCCGUCAACCUGGACUCUACGCUGUCGGACUUCUGGAACGACCUCCUGGAGAGGAUGUUCCAGCUGGUCAACGUGCAGUACGAGUUCAGCGACGCCUACAUGGAGUGCGUCAGCCGGCACACCGAGCAGCUGCAGCCCUUCGGCGACGUGCCCCGCAAGCUCCGCAUCCAGCUGACGCGGGCCUUUGUCGCCGCGCGUACCUUCAUGCGCGGCCUGACGCUCAUGCCAGAGGUGGUCAAUAAAGUUUCUAUGGUCAGCGCGUCUCCCAGCUGUGUGCGAGCGUCCAUGAAGAUGUUGUACUGUCCCUACUGCUCGGGCCAAGUGGCCCUGAAGCCCUGCGGGAAUUACUGCCUGAACGUGCUGCGUGGGUGUUUGGCCAACCAGGCCGACUUGGACACCGAAUGGAACAACUUCCUCGAUGCCAUGCUCAGUCUGGCCGACAGGCUCGAAGGUCCCUUUAAUUUUGAGUCCGUCAUGGAUCCCAUCGACGUGAAGAUUUCAGACGCCAUCAUGAACAUGCAGGAGAACAGCAUGCAAGUGUCGCAGAAAGUUUUCCAAGGAUGUGGGCAGCCUAAACCAAGCAUGGCCUUCCGUUCCAAACGCUCGAUCAAAGAUACGGGCUUCAACGGCCGCUUCCGCCCUUACAGUCCUGACGCCAGGCCCACUACCGCUGCCGGGACCAGUUUAGAUCGUUUGACAAUUGACGUGAAAAAGAAGCUGAAACAUGCAAAGAAGUUCUGGUCCACAUUGCCAGAGACGGUGUGUGCAGGUGAGAGGAUUGCACCAGGGGACGAGUGCUGGAAUGGAACAGCCAAAAGCAGGUACGAGUCAGUUGUCAUUGGCAACGGACUGGCCAAUCAGGUAUCAAACCCUGACGUGGAAGUGGACAUAACAAAACCAGACAUUGUGAUUCGCAGUCAGAUUGCAGUUUUGAAGGAAAUGACGAGCUGGCUCAAAGCUGCACACAGCGGCAACGACAUCUCUAUUGAUAACGGUGAGGAUGAUGAGGAUAGCAGUGGAGGAGAGGAGAGCGGCAGCGGUUGCGAGGCCGAGUCCUGCGACACAGACCAGGACAUCUACUUCUCCACUCCACCGAACCCCGGCAACCCCCGGGUCAAACCAGUGGUGGUGGGCAGAGAUCUGUCAGAUGUGGGGGUCGCCUCACAGGGAAGCAUGGCGCUGGCGCUCUGCGGGCUGGCCCUGGCCCUGCUCGCUCCCCACUUGAGAUAAAACUGGCUGGGCAGGAAGAGGAAAGAGAAACGACCAGGAAUGACGGAGCGAAGGAGGAAACUGUCAGAGAGACUUUUAAAAAAGACUGCCUUCAGGACCUUGGACUGUCCGCCAUUGAGGGGGGGAAAGACUCUUCUUAAUAUUACAAUAACUUCACUUUUAAUUAUUUGUUUGUAUGUUUUUAAGGACAUCAGUGUACAGCAAUUUUCUUCCCAAGAAAUCCACCUUUUUCCCCCUUUCCCCCCCAGAUAAACCUUAUGGCUCUUUUGGAGCUCCACUAUGGUUCUGCUUGCAGCAUUACAAACAUCAUAUAAUUGUCUUAUUUUGGCAAUUUAAUCUCCUAAUACAUAUUUGUGCCUUCUUCAAUGAUUGCCAUCUGAUAUCUAAAUAGUAAGCAAGAUGUUUGGUUGAACAUAUGCAGUGCCUGUGGUGGGACGUAUCUUCAUAUUUCUGAGGAUGUUUCCAUAAUUCAGAGAUCAACAAAUCAUGUUAUGAAUGUUAACAAUUCAUAACAAUCAUUUUAAAUGUGCACACUGUGAAUGUUUGUGUCCGUGCAUUUAUACAUUUUUAUCAGCCAGUCAGAAAUUAUGAAGCUAGCUGUUGAUCUCAGCUAAGGCUCAGUUUGCUUUGGAGAGUAAAUCAUCUUCAUCUGUCAGAAAUACAGCGAUAGGAGUUACAGCACAGGUGUUUAUGUUUGACCUGGAGAUGGAAUCAUUCUUUAGAAGAGCUUCUGUGGCGCUCCGCGAGCCCAAACAUGCAUAUUGUAUGUGAGCUUUAUUCACAAGCUAACUUUUAAUUUUCUUCAUUCAUUUUUUAAUUUAAUUUUCCUCAGCUUAAAACAGUCCAAUAGUAAGGUCAUACCUCAUGCAUGCUCUCAUUGUCAAUGCAAUCUAGUGAUGUUGAAAGUGUCUGAGUUGAGAUAACGCGGCUGGCGUCCUGGUGAAAGGCAACUGGCGUGGAAGGAGAAGGACUCCCCUGGCAUUAACCCGAAAAGAAGGCAAAGCUGACAAGUCCCGAACGGCCUUUUUUGGUACUGUGAGCUCAGUUCGGCACAGAGGAUCUGACUCUAUACGGUCUUAUCGUCUGAGAAGAGAAGGUGGCGACACGUACGUUCACAUUAAAACUAGAGAAGAGGAACAAAAAGACAGUGCUUUGAUCAAAUGAAAUCAAGAUUAUUUUAAUACAGGGUUUUAUGUUGAAGAGGUGUUGUAAUGUUUAGCUAUUUUUGGUAUGAAGAUAUAUAUUAGGUACUACAGUGGAUUUUACUGCUAGUUUUAGGUGAUGGAAAGAGGACGAUGUGCACAGAUAUCGGGGGGCACUUUUGGUCAGUGUGCACAGUUUUUUGGUGCUUUUUUUUUAUUUUCGCCCACAUCCCCCGUCCCACGUCCCACAACACACACUUGUGCCUCUUAAACGGCCCAUAUCAGUCAGUAUGAACUGACUCUGAACCAUUUCAUCUACCUAUCCUCAUCCUCAUCAUUUCAACUUGAGGUGGAAUGUUGAAGUAUUGUCACAAGUGCUACCAAAAUGAAUGCAAUGAAUGGUGCCUGAUCUUCUUUUUUUUUUUUUUUUUUUUAAACCUUGGUACAUUAUUAGCAACUUCUUGAGGUAAAAAAAAAGAAUGUUAGAUGAUUUGUAUCUGCUCCGAUUCCCUGCAGGGUGUUUGAGUAUAUUGUUACCCGCUGACAAGCACAACAUGAGAUUUUCUAUAUCGUCUAUAAUUUGAUAACGGGGUCUGUAAGUUGCCAAUUCAUCUCUAAAAUGAUGCUGCCUCAUGUAGUUUUUGUACAGUAACUUAUGCAUGUAUUUUAACGGCAUUGCAAACAUGCUUUUAGAACUGAUCCAAAAGACAGUAUUCAGAAUGUUUCGAUAUGCAAAACUUAGGUGAAAAUAAUUAAUUUGUUAAAUUGAUUAAAUUGAUCCGAUUUGGUGGAUUUGAAUAUGCAUUUUGUAAAAAAAAGAAAAGAAAAAUGGAUUGGCAUGUUUCAUAUUUGUCUGCAGGUCUGAAACAAUUGGCUGCAGUUAUGACAGAUGGGAACCUUUGUGCCUUUUGUUAGACUUUGAAUUGACAUGUUGAUUGUAAGCUCACAUGAAAUUUUCUUCUAAAAAUAAGUGUUCAACUGACACAAAUCAACAAGGACAUAAAUAUUAAGAAUCUGACUUUGAAGGAUUUGAUGAAACAGCUAAGCAACCUACAUAAAAUCCUGAAGCCUUAAAUGAAAGGAAUGAAGCUGUGCUACAGCAGCUUGAUUUGGCGUUACCUCUCUGCAUGUGACCGGUCCAAUUCAGUUCUCCGGAUUUUUUUUUUUGUGUGUUCCACCAACAUUUCUACCAGGGCUUGUGCAUGUGUUCGCGUCAUGUGGAAGAGAUGUGUCGAGUGUGAAGAAAACCCAACGUUGUGAGAGUCGGAGGAAACGUUUCGGGUGAUGAUGGUAAAUGUCUGUGCUUCCGGGCCAGGGCAGCAACAUUUCCCGGCUGGCGGGAGUCGGUCCAGCUGCUGGAUGUUGUUCAUUUGAUCCACAGAGCAACUUCAGUCUAGUGACUUCAAAGUUGAGUUGGACAGGUGUUGAAAACCCUUCCAUCAGCCUUCGGCCCACAAGAACAGAAAGGACUCAUGUUCUGAGGAGAGACUGAGUGACUGAGAAGAAUAAAAAAUGUGUAAAUAAAGAGCAGCCGGUUUAGAUGUCUCUAAAAGAGGCCGUAACAGUACACCAGAUUUUUACUUGUCAGAGUAUCUCCUAAAUGUUAUGGAAAAAACAAGAUGAGAUAGAUGUUAAAUUGUAAGAGAAAAUGUAUAUUAAACAACAUUUCUUAGUCUUGUUGAAAUAAAGACUGCCAAUAUUUAAA